AUGACUUCUGUUACGGAAUUAGCUGCUAUCGACGAAGUCAUCCCCGAAGUCUCAACGACGGAUGGCUCGAACCUUUCAGCUGAAUCUCAAAGCUUAUCGGCAGAUCACUCGAACCCCGCGAACCUGUGGGGAAUCCUACUGGCAGAUAGCUCAGAACACUCAGGCUUGUCUGGAAGCAUACUGACAGAUGAUACAAAACUCUCGGACUUUUCUGAAAGCAUACUGACGGAUGACUCAAACCUUUCGGACUUGCCCGAGAGCCCAACGACGAAUAGCUCAAACUUCUCGGACUUACGCGAAAGCCAAUUCACAAAAGACACCUGCCAUUCGGACUCACAUAUACACCUUGAAACCCUCCCAGCAGAGCUGAGAGUACAAAUUCUUGAUUUACUGGACUUGGAAGGGCUCGAAGCGCUGGUUCGAGCAUCUCCCGUCUAUCAUGACCAGUAUCUUCUCGAUCGCAAGCGUCUCCUCUUCGCAUGCCUGAAGAUCACUCUAGGAAACAUGUUUAUUGAUGCCUGCGCUGUUCAGGAGACCAGCUCGCUGAGCUUCAGACGGGCGCGCAGCAUGGACACUAUUUCGAGUUUCGUUCAGUCUCUCCGAAAGAAGCGCGCCCCGCCCCCUGACGCCACUCAAAUAAAAGCUUUCACAUUGAAUGACACCAUAGACAUGGUGACCUUUUACCGCUUUGUCUUAAAGCCCUUUGCGCGGCACUAUUCAGAGUGGGCAUUGAGCAAUCUGGCAAAAGAGCCUGAAACAUCACAUGCUAAGAUCAAUGAGCCUCCGAGUAUCACUGAAGAACACAGAAUAAUCCGCGCUCUGUACCGCUUCCAGUUAUUCUGCAACCUAUUGGGUACAGGUCCACAUAAGCACACGGAUAAAAUUGAUAUUUUCGAACCAUGGAUCAAGUUCGAGUCUCACGAAGUGCUGAUGAUGCUAGAGAGUUUGUAUGAGCCUUGGGAAUUGGAGGAGAUAAACUGCGUCAAUGUCUUUGCACAAAUCAAGGGCCUGGAAGUCCUAAAGUCUGUCACCUGGGAUUUCCAUGAAACUAACCCGAAGUUUGCUGACCAGAAUCGACCGCCCACUCCGCGGGGAGCAUUUGAUAUUAAGACUAACCGCGGGCAACCCAUGAUAGACUACGAAGACUCUUAUCUUAUUGGGCUUAUAACACAAGGUCUCGAUCAUCUCCAAAAGAUCUUCUUCGAGAUUCAGGACCACUCACGUCUAGUUGCUAUAAUGGAGGAGAGCUUGAUUCUUCGCACAUCAACGUUUAUAUGUGCAUCCGGCCUUGGCGCGCUCGAUUACUUAACACAGGACGAUCGCCGUAUUGUGGCACCUUCUGAGCGAGAUGAGAGGGAGGAGCGGAGAGAGCCAUUGCCAUUCAGGGGGGACAAGGUAGACGAGUCGGACGGAGCGUACCCGCCAUUGGCAUGGACGCUAUUAUGGAAAGGAACGUACAGCAAUAUGUUUGGAAACUAUAUACCCGAUGAGAUUCCCAAGUGGGGGUACGUUAUGUGGGAUGCGGCCCGGUUAGAGCGCACUGGUGCAAAGGAAGUAUUGCUAAGGCAGUUUGUUAGUUCGUUCUGGGAUGAAGAUCAGGAUCCAAGAGACCAAAGAGAAUUUUUAUAA